AUGGUGGAGGCUUGGCUUGUGCUAGGAGAUUUUAAUACUAUGCUNAAAAUCUCAAAUUUUAACUGUUGGUUAACUUUUGUGUAUGGGUAUAAUACAAUAGCAGAGAGACAGGAAAUAUGGAGUCAGCUAAGACAGAUUAACAAUACUAUGGUGGAGGCUUGGCUUGUGCUAGGAGAUUUUAAUACUAUGCUCUCUGUCACUGAUAGAAUUAAUGGAAACCCUGUCAGCCAGAAUGAGGUGGAAGACUUCCAAGCUUGUGUUGAGGACACUAGACUGGAAGCUGCUGAUAGAAUUUACAGCAACAUUGAUUGGGCCUUGGGGAAUCCUUACUGGUUCAUGAAGUAUAGCAACAUAGAGGCAGUGUUUGAUAAUUAUGGGGUUUCUGAUCACUCACCCAUAAUAGUAUGCACUGAGGUCACUAGAAACUAUUUGCCUAAGCCAUUUAGGCUGCUUACUGUGCUUCUACAGGAGGAUGAAUUCAGAAAGAUGGUUCAAGGGGUGUGGACUCAAAACAUAACUGGAUAUACUAUGUAUUCAGUCUGGCAGAAAUUGCAGGUCCUAGGAAGCAAAGCAAAAGUGAUGAACAUAGCUUAUAACUCAGUGAAAAAGAGGAUUGAAAACCUCAAGGAGCAACUGCAGAAGGUGAAAAAGGAAAUUGAUGAUGAUGUAUUCAAUAAUACACUUAUUCUAGAGGAGAAAGAGUUAUUAAUACAAGUAGAGAAAUGGGAAGGUAUCCAAGAGAAGGUAUAUAGGCAGAAAUCAAGGGCAGUGUGGAUAUCAGCAGGGGAUUCUAACACAAAGUUUUUCUAUGCUCAGCUGAAAGCAAGACAUGCUAGAAACAGAGUGUCUACCAUUUGUAAUGAUCUUGGGCAAAAACUGACUGAUCCCAUAUUGGUAGAACAAGAGUUCAUAUCAUUCUUCAAAGGCUUGCUAGGAACAAGAGCUUCUGAAUUACCGUGUCUUGAUAUUACAAUAGCUAGGAAUGGACCUUGUUUGAAUAGAGAACAACAACAUCAUCUUGUCAAGAGUAUAACUGAGAUGGAGAUUGAGCAGGGGCUUAAAAAUAUGCCAAGUGAUAAAGCACUGGCAUUGAUGGUUUUCCAGUUGAGUUCUUCAAGAAAUAUUGGAAUAUUGUUAGACAAGAAACUAUGA